CCAACCAUUAACCCGCUCUCUCCCUGUAUAAGGUUUGUUUAUGUAAUUUAAACCAAAGUGUCAGUGUCAAAAGUGAUAGUGUUAAAAAAUAUUCCGAAAAAACAUAAAAUAAUCAUUACCAUCGGUAUUAGUGCAGAUCCGUAUAAUUUGAAUUAAAAAUGGACGAUACUUUUAGAGAACAUCGAAUACGAGAACCUCACCCUUUGGAAAAACAUUUUCUUUGGAGGUUAUUUUUUUGUUGGUUUCCCCCUUUUAUCAUUAAAGGGCUUAAGCAAGAAAUAAACGAAGAUAAUUUAUACAGUACCUCAAAAACUCUCACUUCUGAAUACUUGGGAGCAAAAUUAGAAAUUGCUUGGGAUAAAGAAUUGGGAAAAAAGAAGCCAUCUUUACUUAGAGCGAUAUUUUCUGUUUUUAAAUAUGAAUUGAUUGGAACGGCGAUUUUAAGAUCCCUCCUUGAUAUUUUAAAAAUUUUGCAACCAAUAUUCAUAUCGCUCUUAGUAUCGUACUUUCAAUCUAACGAAAUGGGCUUGAAUCGAUCAAAAAUCUACAUUUACUCGUGCCUACUUAUUACGACUGCUUUUUGUCAAAUAAUAGCUAUUCACCAGAAUAUGCUAUUGGUAUUAAGUGUUGGAAUGAAGAUAAGAAUAGCAACUUCCGCCUUAGUUUACAGAAAAGCCUUAAGAUUGAGCAAAACGGCACUGGCUGGCAUUACAAUAGGUCAUUUGGUCAAUUUAAUAUCGAACGACGUCGGAAGAUUUGAUGUAUGUUGCCAGUUUAUACAUCUACUGUGGUUAGCACCUUGCGAGAUUAUUAUAAUUAUGAUCUUAUUAUACUUAUAUGUUGGCGGUGCUGGACUUGUGGGAUGCAUUUUUCUCCUAGCAUUUGUUCCAUUUCAACCGUAUAUGGCCAAAUUGACUUCAAAUUACAGACUGAGAACAGCUCUUUGUACAGACGAACGAGUAAGAUUAAUGAAUGAUAUUAUUGCUGGAAUUCAAGUUAUUAAAAUGUAUACAUGGGAAGAACCAUUUGAGCUUUUAGUUGAUAGAAUCCGAAAGUUAGAAAUAACACAGAUACAACAUAUUUCGAUGAUACGAGCCACCAUGUUAUCGUUUAGUACUAUCUUAAGUAGAUUGGCUGUAUAUUUAUGCGUAUUCACUUUCAUUCUAUCAGGAUACAACGUAAAUGCUUAUUUUGUAUUUACUGUCGUAUCAUUUUACUCGUUUUUGAGAAAUUCAGUUAUCUUAUUAUUUCCACAAGCUGUUAUUCAAGUUGCGGAAGCAAGAAUUUCCAUUAGCAGAAUACAAUCAUUCCUUUUAAUUGAAGAAGUAGAUUCAGACAAUAGACAUUUGAAUCUAUGUGAAAGCUUAUCUCACGUGUUAAGUAUUCAAGCGCAACAUGAAGAUUCAGAAGUGGGAAUUCUUAUAAGAAACGCAGCUAUAAAAUGGAUACUUUCUGCUCCAGAUCAUCUUCUAAAAGACGUUAAUUUUGAAGCUGGUUCUAAUCAACUUGUGGCUUUAAUAGGGCCUGUAGGUGGAGGAAAAUCAACGUUGCUUCAUGUAAUUUUGAAGGAAGUCGUACCUUUACGUGGUGAAGUGGAAGUUAACGGUAGUAUUUCCUAUGCAUCCCAGGAACCGUGGGUUUUUGGUGGUAGUAUUAGGCAAAAUAUAAUUUUUGGGCAAGUGUUUGAUGCAGAAAAAUAUCGCAAAGUUAUUAAAGUAUGCGCUCUGGAUAAAGAUUUUUCAAAUUUGCCUUAUGGCGACCGAACAGUAGUAGGUGAUAGAGGUGCUACUUUAAGUGGUGGACAGAAAGCUAGAAUUAAUUUAGCUAGAGCUGUGUAUAAAGAUGCAGAUAUUUAUUUAUUAGAUGAUCCUUUAUCAGCUGUUGAUGUUCUAGUGGGUAAACAAUUAUUCAAUAACUGCAUUCUUGGAUACUUGAAAAGCAAAUGUAUAGUUCUGGUCACACACCAAAUACAUUACCUGCACUCGGCCAAUUCUAUUUACCUGCUGGAAGAUGGUACUAUUAGAGCUCCUAGUAGUUUUGAAAUUUUAAAAUCGUCUAAUAAAACGUUCAUCGGUUUGCUAGGAUCGGCAAAGGAGGAAGAACAAAAGAGAGAUUUAUUUAGAACCAGAUCGAAAAUUUUGAAUAUAUCUUCAGAUUCUCAACCUGAAUUGAUUGCUAGUGUAGCCGAAAUUACAAAAGAGGAAAGAGCUACUGGAACUAUUUCUAAAAAGGUUUACAAGAGUUAUAUGACUGCUGGAGGACAUUGGACGAAAACAGUUGGAGUGUUUUCGGCAUUUUUACUGGCUCAGUUGUUUGGGAGUUGCACGGAUGUUUUUCUAACGGCUUGGGUAAAUUCAGAGCAAGCAAAAACCAGAUCAGUAUUUUUUCAUGAAUACAGUUUACUGACUUACACUUUCUUGAUAAUACUAGUUGUAAUAUUCGCCAUUACCAGAGCUGUUUCGUUUUUCAAAUAUUCUUUAAGAUCCUCGGUUCGACUACAUAAUAGCAUGUUUAAGAAAGUAUUACAUUCGCCAAUAUCGUUUUUCAAUGCCAAUCCAUCGGGCAGAAUUUUAAAUAGAUUUUCAAAAGAUAUUGGAUCAGUGGAUGAAACUGUACCAUUGUGUAUGGUGGAUACUAUUGCGAUUGGUCUGACGGUUUUGGGUAUUACGAUAGUUAUCGCGUUAGUAAAUCCCUGGAUUAUGAUUCCAACUUUUGUAAUAUUUACAAUAAUGUACAAUAUUAAAAAAGCUUUUCUGAAAUCUAGCAGGAAUAUAAAGCGGGUCGAAGCUAUCACCAGGAGUCCAAUAUUUACACACUUAACAGCGUCCCUACAAGGUAUCACUACAAUUCGAGCUUUUGGAGCAGAAGAAAUUCUUUGCAAAGAAUUUGACGCUUUACAAGACAAUUAUACAGCUGCCUCGUAUCUAUUUAUGACAGCCAGUCGAGGAUUUGGUUUUUGGCUUGACAUGCACUGUAUAUUUUACAUUGCCUUAGUUAUUAUCAGUUUGUUAUUUAUUCAAGAAGAAUCCUUUGGAGGUAACGUUGGUCUGUCCUUAACCCAAGCUGUGACUCUGGCUGGAAUGUUCCAAUGGGGCAUCAGACAAUGGUCUGAGCUAGAAAAUCAGAUGACAUCUGUAGAGAGGGUUCAAGAGUACACGGAGUUGUCGACAGAAAUUGAUGAACACAGGAUUAAACCUGUCAAAAGUUGGCCUCAAUCGGGAAACGUUGUUUUUAAAAAUGUAUCUCUUAAAUAUACCCGAGACAGUUCGUACGUACUAAAUAAUUUGAAUUUUGAAGUACAAUCUGGGGAAAAAGUGGGUAUAGUAGGAAGAACGGGCGCUGGAAAGUCUUCAAUAAUCCAAGCACUAUUUCGGUUAAUGGAUUUUGAGGGAGUUAUAUACAUUGAUGAAUUGGACAGCAAAACAAUUAAACUAAAAUAUCUACGAUCUAAGAUUUCAAUAAUACCACAAGAGCCAGUAUUAUUUUCUGGUACUUUAAGGAAAAACUUGGAUCCAUUUGAUGAAUUUGAUGAUGAGAUAUUGUGGAAUGUAUUGGAGAUUGUUGAACUUAAGAAUGCUGUUGAUGAACUUCCUGAUGGACUAGAUAGCACGAUGAUAGAAGGUGGUUCUAAUUUUAGUCUAGGACAAAGACAACUUCUGUGUUUAGCCAGAGCUAUAAUUAGAAACAACAAGAUAUUAGUUUUGGAUGAGGCUACUGCAAGUGUUGACCCAACGACGGACGAUAUAAUCCAGAAUACUAUUAGGGAAAAGUUUUUCGAUUGCACAGUAUUCACCAUUGCUCACAGACUUCCGACUAUCAUGGAUUCUGAUAAAAUAUUGGUCAUCGACGGUGGACGAGCAGUCGAAUUUGAUCAUCCUUACAAUCUUCUAUUAAAAAAGAAGGGUUUUUUUUAUAACUUAGUACAAGAAACCGGAAAUUCGAUGGCAGCUGAUUUGUUUUCAGUUGCGGAAGAAAAUUACGUGAACAAUGUACAGAGUGCGCAGAAUCUACAGAGUACGCAGAGUGCGCAGAAUGUUCAAAAUGUGCAAAAUACAACCAGUGUACAGAAUAUGCAGAAUCCUUCUAUCAGAUAACAAUAGUUAUUGUUUUAUGUAAUUUUCGGUGUAAUUAUUUAUUUAUACUAGUAAGAAAUAUAUAUUUUUAUUUUUUUAUUUUUAUUCACUUAAUUUCUAC